AUGAGGCCACUGACCGAGGAGGAGACAAAAGCUGUGUUUCAGAAGCUUCACAAAUUCAUAGGCAAGAAUAUCAGGCACCUGGUGGAACGGACAGACGAGGACUAUGUCCUCCGCAUGCACUCAAAUCGCAUAUACUAUGUGCGGGAGAGCCUGAUGCGUCGUGCCACAAAUGUCUCUCGGGAGAAGUUGGUGCACCUUGGAACAUGUAUAGGCAAGCUCACACACAGCGGCAAAUUCCGCCUCACAGUGGGAGCCCUGGACGUGCUUGCACAGCACGCAAAGUACAAGGUGUGGGUGAAGCCUUCAGCAGAGAUGCAGUUCUUGUAUGGCAACCAUGUGCUCAAAUCGGGGCUGGGCCGCAUCACAGAGAGCACGCCAGCCUACACAGGAGUUGUUGUGUACUCCAUGACAGAUGUGCCCCUGGGAUUUGGGGUCACAGCCAAGUCCACGAGCGAGUGUAGAAAGAUGGAUCCCAGCGGCAUCGUGGUGUUUCACCAGUCAGAUGUGGGCGAAUACCUGCGGUCUGAAGAGGACCUUUAG